AUGAUUGAUUCCUGGAGGAAGAAUGAAACGGCUGACGUUUUUUUCUUUGGCCCCGUACCGCAGCACCUAUUUCAGACGCUGCCUCACGGCAGUGGUGCUCUGCCAGUGAGGGAAGCGUGGUGUCGGGGGGAUUUGGCUGCUGGGUGCCUCUCGGGUGAUGAGGCCGGGAAGCCUCUCACGGACGGCGUCGUUUUUCCUUGCUUUCCAGAUUCGCCGGGAGCACUCGAGGGUAUAAAAGCUUCUGGUGGGCGUCUACGGGACGGGGACAGUGCGUUUGCUCCAGCGCCUCGGGAGACUGCUUGUUUAGCACCGGAAGUGCUGAACAGCAUUCCCAAGUUCUGCUUUCCUUUUGACAUUGAAAGGGUGUCUCAAAAUCAAGUAGGACAGCAUUUUACCUUCGUGCUCACCGACAUUGAAAGUAAACAAAGGUUUGGAUUUUGCCGUUUGACAUCAGGAGGCAAGGUCUGCCUCUGUAUUCUAAGUUACCUACCAUGGUUUGAGGUAUACUACAAGCUCCUAAAUACCCUGGCAGAUUAUUUGGCUAAAGAAGAGGAAAAUGACUCAAAUGAUUUGUUAAAAUCAUUGUAUAGCCAUCCUGUGCCAAAAGCGAACGCUUUAGUCAGUCUAAGUGUGAACCAAGAGAUGAUUUUUGCAAGUGAGCAAGUUUUGAAAAAACAGCCUUGUCUUGUAUCGCACUCGUAUUUCAUUACUCCUGAUAUAACUGGAUUGCCAACAAUCCCUGAAAGUAGAAACCUCACUGAAUAUUUUGUUGCUGUGGAUGUGAACAACAUGCUGCAACUUUAUGCUAGUAUGUUGCAUGAGAGACGAAUCAUUAUUACCUCUAGCAAACUAAGCACUUUAACUGCUUGUGUUCAUGCGUCAGCUGCAUUGUUAUAUCCAAUGUAUUGGCAACACAUUUACAUCCCAGUGCUUCCUCCACAUCUUCUGGACUACUGCUGUGCACCAAUGCCUUAUCUAAUCGGCGUCCACUUAAGCUUAAUAGAGAGAGUAAAAAAUAGAUCACUGGAGGAUGUGGUUUUGCUAAAUGCUGACACAAACACUCUAGAAACGCCUUUUAAUGACCUGAACAACCUACCUGGUGAAGUGGUCUCGGCCUUGAAAAAUAAACUGAAAAAGCAGUCUACAGCGACAGGAGAUGGAGUAGCCAAGGCCUUUCUUCGGGCACAGGCAGCACUGUUUGGAUCCUACAGAGAUGCACUAAGAUACAAACCAGGAGAGCCUGUAACUUUCUGUGAGAAUAGUUUUGUGAAGCAUCGUUCCAGUACUACUAAGCAGUUCCUGGAAACUGCUGUUAAUCUUCAACUAUUUAAACAGUUUAUUGAUGGUCGGCUAUCAAAAUUAAAUGCAGGAAGAGGAUUCUCUGAUGUUUUUGAAGAAGAAAUCACAGCAGGAGGCUUUUGUGGAGGAAAUUCAAGGUCCUAUCAGCAGUGGAUGCAUACAGUGAAGAAAGGCGGUGCACUGAUCAACACAGCAAUGACCAAAGCCACUCCGGCUGUGAAAACAGCAUAUAAAUUUGCAAAAAAUCAGGCAAGGCAAGGAAUAAAAGAAGUGAAGAGUAAGUUAAAACACAAGGAGAGUGAAAAAGAGUGUGGAACUUGCAGUGCUGGUGCAGUACAGACUGCUCCAGUCUACACACUGCAUUAUGAGAAAAGAGCAAACUCAGAAAAACGAAGGCUGGCACAGACUCGUUUCAACCAGCACCUCAGUAACCAGGAUUUUUCCUUGGAUGAAGAUGGUGAUGAUGAAAUGGAAAGAACAAGCAAGUUAUCAUCAGAAGACAGUGAAGAAGCUUCUGCUUACUUUUACGAUAGUGAUGAUUCUGGUGAAACUGGAAUAACUCCUCAGCAUCAAGGAGAAAUGGACUUGCUUGGAGAGAUUUUGGACACACUGAGCACACACAGUUCAGAUCAAGGAAAGCUCUCAGGAGCAAAGAGCCUGGAUUUCUUUAGGUCAAUGGAUGACAUUGAUUACAAGACUGCGAACAAGUCAAAUGCACCGAGUGAGAGCAACCUUACCCUGCUCUGCAGCAGUGCUAAUGAUCAAGCAGAGUGGAACCUUGGUCAGGAUGACAGCGUCCUCCAUGGGAAGCAGCUCCCUCCAUCACCAAGGAAGCAAGUUUCUUCUGGUGGCCAGAGAGAAUCUCUCUCAAGGCUGGAAGAAGAAAGUAGUGACAAAACCUGUAUUACUGGCAAGGUGGAUACCACCAGUACGACAUCAGGAUACCACCAGAACCCAUCUCCAGUACAGUCAAGUGCCCAGCCAGCUCCAGAAAGUUUCAAAGCAAGCUAUUCUUCCUAUAAGUAUGCAAAGCAGAAUGAAACACUAAGCAAUACCUCAGAAGAUCAGCUCACAGCAAGUCUUGCUCAACAUCCAUCCAUUCUGGUCCCCUGGGAGAAAGAUGGGAAGGAAGGAAAUGAAACUCCGGAAGAGGGUGGGCUUCUUCAGGAAGUGGUGUCAUUGUGUAAACUGAGUUCUGCUUUUCACUAUGGUUUAAAUAUUUCAAAGGAUAGCUUAUCCAGCAGUAGCAGUGGAAAUAAAACGCAGACUAUUUCACCUAAAAAUUUUCAGAAAGGAAAGUGUGGCUCAGGUGCUGUUCAGAUGAGAAAGCUGCAGAGCAACCUCAUGGGUACUUGUUUAGAAGCCCCCAGCCUGCCCGCCAUCUUCCCUGGCCUCGCUGCCCUCCGCGCCGGCACCGCCGGGCUGCGACGCUGGCGCACCGGGGUUGCUGCCUUCCCCCUCUCGCUGCGAAAAUGGCACAGAAAGCACCCUUUGGCUUCGGUGGAGAGCCGGGGUGAAGGUGAAGGUCUUGAGCACAGCCACGUGGUUUUCUGCCCGGCGGUCACCGUUGCCUACAACUUUGAACUGGAAUUUUCUUGGGCUGAUUUAAUUGCUUGUGCCAGCACCGGACCACCCCCGAAAGGCAGACCUGCACCUUCUCUGUUGGGCUUGUUUCUCAUGUACAAACCUGCUAGAGCCGCCCUGUCCGUGGGGUCAGCUCCAGCAGAGCUGGCAAAGGCCCUGCGACGGAGCCCUCUGAGAGGAAACUCGUCGGCACCGGGCUAG